CAAUGACCGAUUGUACACGGAUAGAACGUUGAAAGAAGCCAAGUCUCGCGUUAACACCUUUUCAACGCGAAAAAUGUGAAAAAGAAAAGAAAAAAAGCGAAACGUUGGAUGAUGUAACGGAUCUACGCGCGACAGUGUCCAUUAUCGAUUAGCAUACGUCGUCGAUUAAUCCAUCCGCAACAGUGGAUGCUGUGAAUAGGCCAGUAAACACGUGCACGUUGCUGGAGAAGGAUGAUUCUAAUUGUUCGAGGUACAGUUCGAGCCAGGCAGUCGUGACGCUUGCCUCUGAUCGUGAUUCAGGUUCAGUUCGGAACGCGCACUCGAACUCGAAGGAUCCUCGAAGCCUCCUUUGAUCCCCCACUCGGGCCCCACACAGGAAACGUACGUACGGAAAGAGAGAGGCUUUCCUUGCUCUCUGGCGAACAAACGAACAACACCUUCCAACCUGUUGCAACCUGUUCGCUCGUCGUCCCGCUGGAUCGAUCUUUGCCGAUUUUUAAUCAUCCAUGAGCGGCGACUCCUCGGGGCGAGGAGACGGAGUUUGGAUUAUACAGCCGAGGAGGGAGGAUCCGGAGGAUAUCUUGCAACGAUAUUGAGCGGAUUCGAGGUGUAAGAUUGGCGGGAUGAUCGACAGGACACGGUUCGCGGUCCUUUUCGGGCUGCUCGGUCUUGCCUGCGGCUUGCAAUGCCCGAAACAGAAGAUAUCACCAGGCAGAGAGGUGGUCUGUUACACUUCCGUUUCUGAGGUGGAACAGUUAACGGAAGCUAUUUGCAGAUGCACCACUUUGGUGCAAAAAGGCCUCGACGUGCGAAAUCUCUCGGUUUCCGAAUUUGAAGACUUCCGGAAAUCAUUGAAGGAGAUUGUCCCAACUCUUCAGUUCGUGAUUUCCGUGGACGAUCCUGCAAAAACGUUGAGAACUUCCGGCACAGUUCGCCAAGAGAUCACGGCUCGUUUGAUCGGAGUUUUGAAAGAGGUUGAUGGAGUCGAGUUGAACAUGACUGCUGGAACAAAGGAACGUUUAGCCCAUUUUGUGAAAGGUUUGAAAGACGAGUUCUUGAGGAAAUCGUACGACAAGAGAAUCUUCUUGGUCCUACCCACGAAAUCAGAGGACCUGGCCAAACAAUACGACUUGAAAGAAUUAUCCAAGUACGUGGAUCUAUUCACGGUACCCACGCAUUACCUGGUCGAAGAUGACGAGUCUUAUCGUACGUUCCAUCCGUCACGAUUGAUGGGCCUCUUCGACAUGUUCAACGCGGAUAGUUUGAUCGACUUGAUUAGCGGAUUGGGCGCGCCAAAGAGGAAAAUCUUGGUGUCCGUGCCGUCAAGCGCUUACAGGUUUACGCUCAAGGAUCGGGACGACAAUGCCCCGAGCGCGCCCACCGAGGAGAUGCAACCGAUUGUCAUUGAUCAGAAACAGUUAUGCGAUUUGAUGAAUAAAGGAGAGUGGACGGUGGAAAGAGACGAAGAUCUUACUGCUCCUUACUCUUUCAAAGACAAAAUGUGGAUUGCUUUUGAAGAUAGAAUAUCGGUUUCAAUUAAAGGAAAAUAUGUACUGGUUCGAGAUCUCCCCGGAUUAGGUGUACAGGAUAUAGAAAAUGAUUUCAAAACGAAAUGUGGCGCGCCUAUCACGCAUGAGAUUCAUCAUUCCUUUAUGGAUUUCAAGAGGAAGUCUAGAGCUGCUGUGUUAAAUGCUUUGGAAGACGAUUUACACCAAAGAGAACUUGAAUAUUCAACUAAAGUCAAAUCAUCCGAGUUUCGAGUUGUUCGCGUAGUAGAUACAGAAGGACAUAUCAGAGUAGUUCGAGAGAACACUCAAACUGAGUUCACUUGUUCCAGACAAGGUUACUUCGUCCAUCCUAAGAGUUGCAACAGAUUUUAUCGAUGCGUGAAAUUCAAUCAAGAAGUGGAAGAUUACUCCGUGUUCGAGUUCGAUUGUCCAGCAGGUUUAUCUUUCGACGAGAGUACAGAAGUUUGUGUUUGGCCAGGUUCCAUGCCAGAAGGAUCUCCAUGUCCUGGAAGCAGCGAAAUUGCACCUGUGACAAGAGUGAGAUUCCAUUGUCCAUCCCAAACUGGCUAUUUCGCGGAUCCUCAAAAUCCUCGUUGGUUCUUCGCCUGCAUCGAUCUAGGAGGACCAGAAAUAAUGGCCUACGAGUUUCGUUGCCCGUACGGUUUGAUUUUCGACGAGCAAAAAUUAAUUUGCGAAUGGCCUUGGCUGGUAGUAAGCUAUUCUGGUAGUUACACAGGAUCAGAAUAUGAUAGCAGAGGAUAUGGUACAGGAUCCACUCCAGGUACUGGAGGAUAUUAUACUGGAGCAUUACCUCAUGGGUACACGGGAACCGGGGGAGGAGGAGGAUAUACUGGUACAACGGUUGGUGCUGGGUCAGGAUUUUCUGGAUCAGCUGGAAUUGGGUCCACUUUUGGACAAGGAAUUGGAGGAUAUACUGGCACAACAGUAACAAAAGGAUAUGGAACAUCGUAUAGUGAUCAAGGGCUUGGUGGAUUAUCUGGAUCAAAAGUAGAAGGCCAUGGAAUUUUAUUUAAUCAAGGAACUAGUAAUUAUAUUAUAACAACUGGAGUUACUGGUAGUUAUUCUGCACCUAGUAAAGAAUUUUCUGGAUCAGAAGGAAUAAGUCAUGGAACUACAUAUAUUGGUCAAAAAACUGAUGGUUACUCUGGAACAACUGGUGCUGGAUAUUUUGGAUCAGCAGGAGAAGAUCAUGGCACUUCGUAUACUGAUCAAGGAUCUAUUGGAUAUUCAGGAAGUAGAAGUGGAUAUACUGGAACAGGUACGAGUCAAAUAAGAACUGAUCAUGGAUAUUCAGGAACUAGCACGAUAAACUAUGGUGACAAAACUGGAAAAACAGGAUCAUCUAAUUAUAAUAAUCCAAAUGGUGCAGGACCAGAUCAUUAUGGAUCAACGAGUGGAGUAUACACAGAAUCUCAUAAUACAGGAUAUUCAGGAACUAGAACAAGUCAAGUAUCAUCUACUGGAUACAUUGGAACAAAUCAAGUACAUACUGGAUACACUGGAUCAGGUCAAAUAUUUACUGGACAUACUACACCAGGUCAAGUAUCUACUGGAUAUACUGGAAUAGGUCAAGUAUCUACUGGAUACACUGGAUCAGGUCAAGUAUCAACUGGAUACACUGGAACAGGUCAAGAAUCUACUGGAUAUACUGGAACAGGUCAAGUAUUUACUGGAUAUACUGGAUCAGGUCAAGUAUCUACUGGAUAUACUGGAACAGGUCAAGGAUCUACUGGAUAUACUGGAGCAGGUCAAGUAUCAACUGGAUACGCUGGAACAGGUCAAGAAUCCCCUGGAUAUACUGGAACAGGUCAAGGAUCUACUGGAUAUACUGGAGCAGGUCAAGUAUCAACUGGAUACGCUGGAACAGGUCAAGAAUCCCCUGGAUAUACUGGAACAGGUCAAGGAUCUACUGGAUAUACUGGAGCAGGUCAAGUAUCAACUGGAUACGCUGGAACAGGUCAAGAAUCCCCUGGAUAUACUGGAACAGGUCAAGGAUCUACUGGAUACACUGGACCAGGUCAAGUCUUUACUGGAUAUACUGGAUCAGGGCAAGUAUCUACUGGACAUACUAGACCAAAUCAAGUAUCUACUGAAUACACUGGAACAGGUCAAGGUUCUACUGGAUACACUGGAACAGGUCAAGGUCCUACUGGAUAUACUGGAACAGGUCAAGGUCCUACUGGAUACACUGGAACACGUCAAGGUCCUACUGGAUACACUGGAACAGGUCAAGGUCCUACUGGAUACACUGGAACAGGUCAAGUAUUUACUGGAUACAGUGGAACAGGAAACCUUGGACAUACAGAAACAAAUGGAAUAUAUAAUGGAGCAACUGGCACAAGUUAUACUGGACCCACAUAUUCAAGUAAAACUGGUACAAGUCUAGAAUAUUUCGGAAAAGAUUUUAUUAGUCAUGGUACUGGAUCACAAUCAAUUGAUAAAGGAUAUCCAGGAACAACAGGUCAUGGAGGAUAUAGUGGUACCAAUGUGCAAUUCACUGAUGGAUAUUCUAGAGAAACUCCUACCAUUGUAACAGAAGACUAUAGUGGAUCAGGAAUAAAAGAUAGUCUUCCUAGUGUAAAAUCUCCAGGAUCUACUUAUGGAUCAACGAUAUCAGGAUCUUCUGCAGGAACUGAUUAUUCAGGAACUGGAUACAUUUAUACUGGACAAACAGGAACGAAAUUCUCAGGAUCUAGAACAGGAGGCCAAAGUGGACAAUCAUCACAGACUCCAAUUUAUACUUUCAGUGGUACAACUGGAACUGGAUUAACUAAUAUAUAUUCAAAAACUCCCAUUUUUGUGGACAAGCCUAAUGUACCAACUUGUAUUACCAUCCAAUGUUCUCCUCCACCAAGUAGCCAAACGUAUACAACAAAUGAUUACAUUUCAAACCAUGGAAUUACUUCUGAAACAAACGUUUAUCAAGUCACUGGUGAAUAUACUGGAGGUUUAAAUGCUACUUUAGGAAGUCAUGUACCUUCUACGCCAUAUUAUGGAGACGUAACGUCCAACGACAUUUAUAAAAUAAAAACAACCGUCGGUACUGGUGAUAUUGCAACAGGACACGGUGUCCAGGGAUCGAUCAUCACUGGAGGCUCCACUCCAGGAACACUUAUCACUUAUGGAGGCAGUUCUGGCACAGUUUUCACAGGUCCUUCCGAUCAAGGUAGUAUAUUGACUGGAGUAAGUCAUCCAGGAUAUACAAAAACUGGUCCAAGUACACCUGGCUACGUGGUCGGUGAUGGAAUCAAAACUAUCUAUGGUUCUGCUAGUCCUGGAACUGUGAUAUAUGGAACAUCUACACCUGGUGUCGUAAUAACCGGAGCACCAGAAACUGGAACUGUUGUAAAGGGUCAAACGAGUCCUGGAUUAAUACUUACAGGGCAACCGGCACCUGGAGUCUCUAUUGGUGGUUCCAUCGAUCAAGGAACAAUUGGCUCCACAGGACAUCAUAUAUUUACUGAUUCAGGUUAUACAACUCCAUCAGGAAUUGUCACACCACCAUAUUCAUAUGGAACUAAAAUUGCAAACGUGUCACCAGCACAUGGCACCAGUUAUAAGACUAAUGAAUAUGAUAAUGGAGGACGCGGUACUAUCAAAUUUAACAAUGGCGAUGUGACAACCAAAUAUACAGAAAAAGAUAUUCCAGAUUAUAGACCAUCUGGAGAAUCUAUUCCCCCAGACACUCUUAUUCCUGGAAGCAGAGAUCGAUCUUCAUACCCUAGUGGAUUUACUAAGAUUGGACCUACUAAGACUGGCUUUACUAUUGCUACUUUAGGCGCUGGUGGUAGUUACGUAAUUAGUACUGGAAAAUCAGUUCCAACUCCUAAUCCUGAACAUAUUGGCGCGAAAGCUUUCGAAGGUAAUGUAGCAGGAUAUACGAAAUCAUCCACUGAAAGCAGUGUCAAUGAAGCCUAUUCAGGAGCAACUUCGACAUACAGUCAAGAUAUAGGUCAGUCUAAACCUAAUCUAGGACUUUCGAAAAGUCCUACCUAUUCCUAUCCUACACCUAGUAUAUCAUUUGAUAGUGGAGUAACGAAAAUUUUACCAAUUUCUUCGACAAAGGGCAGUUUUAUUACUGCAACUACUCCAACGCCUUUCUUGAAUGUUGAAUUGUAUAAUACGUCAAAAUUCAGUGAACCUGUCAAUCCAACUGUAGGCACUUAUCAGAGACCAAGUGGCUUCACACGUGCACCCACAAUUGGUACAUCUGUUGGUUAUACUAUUGGACCAUUUGACAGUUAUAAAACAACAGUUUUUGAAGCAGCUAAAAUUCCAAUCAGUGUAUCCACAGUUCAUCCACUGAUCGAUACUGGAUAUAAGACUGUUGUAUCUUCGACGCCUGUUCCUGUGACUAUAAGUCAGGACAAAUAUCGUACUCAGACUCAAUCCAAAUUUGAUUUUGGAAUAAAAACUACUCAACAGGGCGAAUAUGUUACUAGUACACCAGCAACAGUGUUCAAGAUAUCAGGUCCAGAGUUUGGAUCUACUACUCCAUCAUCCAGUUCUGGAUAUUUCACCACAACCAAGAACGUGUUUGAAACUGUAACACCUUCUGGUAUUUCAGAAUCAUUAAAACAGUAUUUGCCUAGCGGCACAAUCUCGCCAGCCAUUGAUACAACAUAUCAAUAUAGAAAACCUAGUGUUAUUUAUCAACAAUCAACACCAGCAACUUCUAAAACAUACACUAUAGAAUCGGUUACUAGUGAUGGUUCUCCUACGAACGUAGGAAUUUCUAAAGAAGAAGUUGGAAAAUUAAUUACUAAUUAUAGAGGCAAUACAAAAUAUGUGCCAAGCCAAUAUGAUAUUUACACAACAGGAUCUAUUUCUGGAGCAGAUUACUCCAAGAUUCAUCAACAAUCAUCAACAUCCAAGCCAGGUUAUGUUGCAUCAACAUCCUCAGCCACUAAAACGACACAAUCGCCUUUCUCAGUGACUACUUAUUCUGGAGGUUAUUCAAAACCAUCCUCAAUCAUCACUUACCAAACUACUGCCAAGUCGACAGCUGUAGGUAAAGGCAAAGUGAUAGUGAAAUGGAGUGAUCUGCAUCCUCUUCUGCUUGGAAAAUUAGGUGCAGAAUGCACCUGUAGAGGAGAUCCUUUCGCCAAUCUUAGAGGUCCAGGUUCCAAAUUGAUUGAUUCCUCCAAAGGCAAAGUGGAUCUAUCCAAUUACGACGAAUCAGAAAUUUACGUAGAUCUUGAAAAGGAAAAUAACUCAUACGAGGAUGGAGAUUAUGUGACCAAUUACGAAUCUUCUAAAGGACCAAUAAAGAUCUGGAACAAUCAAAUACAGAGUCAUUCCCAAAUCCAAGAGACGCCAUCAUCUGGUUAUCUGCCAAGUGUCACUCCUUCAAUAAACUCUGAUACUUCAAAAUUCACUGCCAAUUACAGAUCUGGAAAGAGUUUGAACAAUGUUGGCUCCUCUACCAAUAUCAUUAGUGCCACCAGAAAUUUAGAUACACCUGUGAACCACUUUGAUGGAGAUGGUGAAUCGGAGGAGAUCAUAGAUGGAGCCACCAACUGUGCUAGACCAGGUUUGUUCAGACAUCCCAACUUCUGCAAUAAGUUUUACGCUUGUCAUUGGGACGAGUGGAAGAAGAAGUUCACGCUCCACAUGUUCAACUGCCCUGUGCAUUUAACCUUCGACAAUGGCGCCGGAGCAUGCAAUUGGCCGAGCAUGGGUCCAGCCUGCCAGGACGAUAAUUUGUUAGUUUAGAUGGUUCAUUGUUCAACAGAUCUUCUCGAUCUUACGUAUCGCGAUACCAUCUUCUUCUUUGAUAUAAUUGAAUA